AGAAACUUGUCUUGGGGAUUAAUAGGAGGCAGGAGGAGGGAGAGGUGCACACAGGAAAACACCCGGACCAUGAAGGCGGCCCUCGCGUUCCUUCUCCCACUGGUGCUCGCGCUGGUGCCGGCGGGCAGCGGGCAGCGGCGGAAACCCCCCCGCAGGCCCACGCGGCCGCCCGCGCCCUUCGAGGAGCCGGCGGAGCCCACGGAGCUGCCCCCUCCCCUCCCUCCGGGCCCGCCGUCUGUCUUCCCCGACUGCCCGCGGGAAUGCUACUGCCCGCCCGACUUCCCGUCGGCGCUGUACUGCGACAGCCGCAACCUGCGCACGGUGCCGGUGAUCCCGCCGCGCAUCCACUACCUGUACCUGCAGAACAACUUCAUCGCCGACCUGCCCGAGGAGUCCUUCCGCAACGCCACCGGCCUCAAAUGGGUCAACCUGGACAACAACCGCAUCCGCAAGGUGGACAGGAAGGUGCUGGAAAAGCUGGAAAACCUCAUCUUCCUCUACAUGGAGAGGAACCAGCUGAAGGAGGUGCCCGCCUUCCUGCCGCCCAACCUGGAGCAGCUGCGGCUCAGCAGGAACCAGAUCUCCAAGAUCCCCGCCGGCGUCUUCAACAAGCUGGAGAACCUGGUGCUGCUGGACCUGCACCACAACAAGCUGAGCGACGGCGUCUUCAACAAGAACACCUUCAAGGGGCUCAAGAACCUCAUGCAGCUCAACCUGGCCCACAACAUCCUGAGGAAGAUGCCCCCCGGCGUGCCCAGCGCCAUCCACCAGCUCUUCCUGGACAGGAACAACAUUGAGGACAUCCCCAGCGAUUAUUUCAAGGAGUUUCCCAACCUGGCUUUCAUCCGGCUCAACUACAACCAGAUCUCGGACAAGGGGCUGCCCAAAAAUUCCUUCAACCUCACCAACCUGCUGGUGCUGCACCUGGCCCACAACAAGCUCACCAACGUGCCCUUCAUCAGCCCCAAGCUGGAGCACCUCUACCUGAACAACAACUCCAUCGAGAAAAUCAACGGCACGCAGAUCUGCCCCACCUCGCUGGUGUCCAUCCAGGAUUUCUCGCCCUCCGACCUGGACAGCGUCCCCCGGCUCCGCUACCUGCGGCUGGACGGGAACCUCCUGAAGCCGCCCAUCCCUCUGGACCUGAUGCUGUGUUUCCGCCUGCUGCAGUCCGUGGUGUUUUAGCCCUGCCCCGCCUCUCCCAGGCCCGGCUUUGCUCGGACGUUUCACCCCCGACACGUGGGACCCUCUCUCCUCCCUCUGCCCCUGCUCACUCCCCGCCUCCAUCCUCCUCCUCUCCCCCGUCCGCCCCUUUUCCUGCCCUGCAGGGACGCUGGUGGCUCCCUGGGGACCGCUCGGUGCAGGAGAGCGCCGUGUCCCGCCUGCCACCGCAGGUCACAGCUCCCUGUCCUUGUCCCCCAGGCCCAGCCCGGAGCCGGCUCCGUCUCUCCCUCGGGAGUUGGGGCCGGUCCGGGUGGAGCUGCUGGGCUCGGGCGUGUCCCUGCUCCUGGGGAGCCAUUCCCGCUGGAUUUUGGAGCGGGGAUGGAGUUGAGAGCGGUGGGAUCUGUGGAAGGGGAGGGAGGAUGGACAAUCAGGCCAUCCCAGGGGAUGGGGACACUCCUGUCACCCUUCUGGAGAGCUUUGGCUCCACAUUUCUCUGCAGGAGGAGGAUCCAAAUCCCUCCUGGAGCUGUGGAUCUGCUGGGAUGGAGCAGGGAGGGGCACACCUUCCACACCUCCUGGGCAAGAGCAGACCCUGCCCGGCUUCAAAUGCCCCAUCCCAGCACCGAUCCAUGGGGCCACAGCCCCAUCCCAAAAUCCUGCAUCCUUCCCUGUAAAAUGUGGGAUCGAGGGCCACAGCCAUGGGGUGACAGCCCCAUCCCAAAAUCCUGCAAAAUUCCCUGUAAAAUCUGAGGAUGCAGGGACACGUCUAUGGGGUGACAGCCCCUUCCCAAGAUCCUGCACCCACAUCCAUGGGGCCACAGCCCCAUCCCAAAUCCCUGCAUCAUUCCCUGUAAAAUCUGAGGAUGCAGGGCCACAUCUGUGGGGCCACAGCCCCAUCCCAAAAUCCUGCACCCUUCCCUCCGAGAUCUGAGGAUUCAGGGCCACAUCCAUGGCUCAGUUUCUCUCCGGAGCCAAUGACACAUGGCUGAAUUUUGCCUUUUUUUUUUUUAUUAGAAAUGAAAGGAAGGGAGAAGAAAAGGGAAGAAUCAUCCUUUGGAAGGGCUAUUUUUAUCCCUGCUCUUCCCCAUCCUCACAUGUAUCGCUUCCCCACCCCCCUUAGCUGUACCUGCAUUUAUAGGGUGUCCGGGUUUAGGGGGGAUUAUUCUCUUCUUUUCUUCCUGAGUCUCAGGAUUUGGAUUUAAAGGCCGAGCAUUAGAGAGGAAAAAAAAAAAAAAAAUCAAAAUCCAACUGCAACGAGCAUUAAAUAAACCAAAGAAAGCUCCUUUGUGUCCAGCCAGCAGAGCUGACCCUUCCCGGGAUGGCCACGGACGGGCACCGUGUCCUAAUCCCUGCGGCUGGCACAGGGAUGCUCCCCUUUCUCCAUUAAUUAAAACCUCGUGCUAAUUAAGGAGGGGUUUUUCCUGAUGAUCAAAUCUCCCUUCCAGCUCUCCCUGCAGUUGGGUGGGACAGGUUUCAGCCCUAAACCCGGACGGAGCCCCCUGGAUUUAUAUAUAUUUAUAUCUGAUGUGUAUAUAGACUGGUAGAAUGUACAGAUGUUCCUAACGCCACGUGUACCUCCCGACCCGGCAACUUUAUGGGAUUUUCACUCCCACUCCCCGCAGCAGUGGAAAUAAAAUCAUUCACAAGGGACCCUGAGCCUCUCCCUGAU